AUGUUAAGUGCUUACGACAGCCCCAGCUACAUGGUGGGCAAAGGCUCCUUCAAGUACACCCGGGUGCUGGACAAGCCGAAGGCAGAGCGGGAACGUGGCAUCACCAUUGACAUCUCUCCCUGGAAGUUCCCAACUAAGAACUAUUGCAUCAUCCAUGCCCCUGGUCACCUCGACUUCAUCAAGAGCAUGAUCAUGGGUACCUCGCAGGUGGACUGUGCUGUGCUGAUUGUGGCAAGUGGUGCAGAUGAGUUGGAGGCUGGUGUUUCCGAGAAUGGGCAUACCCGUGAGCAUGUACUGCUGGCCUACACGCUGGGCAUGAAGCAGCUCAUUGUGGCGGUCAACAAGACCACCCUCAGUUGUGUGUUCUUUGAGGAGAUCAUCAAGGAGGUGAAGGCCUAUAUCAAGAUCGGCUGCAACUCUGAGGCUGUAGCCUUUAUGCCCAUCUCUGACUGGCAUGGGGACAUGAUAGAACUCAGCACCAAGGCCUCAGUGCCCCUGGGCCAGGGGGAAACGGGCUUCCCCAUGGCAGGCAUGGUGGUGACCUUUGCCCCCUGCAACAUCACCACAGAGUUCAAGUGUGAGGAGAUGCACCACUGGGCCUUAACUGAGGCCCUGCCCGGUGAUAACGUGGACUUCAGCAUGAAGAAUGUGUCAGUGAAGGACAUCAGGUGA